GUUUACGUUACGUUGGCUAGCUUGUUGACGGUCCGCUAACUUAUGUGUGGUCAGUCGACCGAAGUAUGGGGAUCAUUUGACUCUCCGGUUUUUUAACUCGCGACCGUUAAACGAUGAAAACUGCCGCUUCGAGUGCGAUUAUUUUAUAAAAACGGAAAUGCGAUACCUGUGCGUAACAGCGAACUCCUUCUAUGUGUCCCUCAUCCCCUCGACCAGCGUCAUGUGAACGCAGCUAGCUAUGACGUGACUAUGAAUAACAGCCGUCGGGUGAAGUUUUAAUUGCCAUUAUCGGAGCCGAAUGGCUACAACGGCGCAUUGUCCGCCUUCUUUUGACGCCUGCAUGCUGUGAUUUCGAACGGUCGUCUGAGCUCCACGUCGGGGAGGGGGAACCGCUGUGUAUUGUGGGCACAAAUUAACCGAAGACGCCGCCGCAUCUACUGCGCAUCCGAAAAGAUGUCUUUCUUCAAUUUUCGGAAGAUGUUCAAGUUGGGACCUGACAAGAAGAAGAAGCAGUACGAGCAUGUGCACAGAGACGUUAACCCGGAGGAAAUAUGGGACAUCAUCGGGGAGCUGGGAGACGGAGCGUUUGGGAAAGUGUAUAAGGCUCAGAACAAGCAGAAUGGGACCCUCGCUGCUGCCAAGGUUAUCGACACGAAGACAGAGGAUGAACUGGAAGAUUACAUGGUGGAGAUCGACAUUCUGGCCUCCUGCGACCAUCAUCACAUCGUCAGACUGCUGGAUGCUUUCUAUUUUGAAGGCAAACUAUGGAUUCUGAUUGAGUUCUGUGCGGGUGGUGCAGUGGAUGCCAUCAUGCUGGAACUUGAGAGGCCCCUGACGGAGCCCCAGAUCCGUGUGGUGUGUCGCCAGACUCUGGAGGCCUUGUCUUACCUCCACGAGAACAAAGUCAUCCACAGAGACUUGAAGGCCGGGAACAUUCUCCUCUCUUUGAACGGAGAAGUGAAGCUGGCUGACUUUGGGGUGUCUGCUAAAAAUACCAAGACUUUCCAGAGAAGAGAUUCUUUCAUCGGCACUCCGUAUUGGAUGGCCCCAGAGGUUGUAAUGUGUGAAACUUUCAAGGACCGUCCGUACGACUACAAGGCCGACAUCUGGUCCCUCGGAGUAACCCUCAUAGAGCUGGCGCAGAUUGAGCCACCGAACCACGAGAUGAAUCCCAUGAGAGUGCUGCUGAAAAUAGCCAAGUCCGAGCCACCCACACUCAUGCAUCCCUCUCGCUGGUCACCACAAUUUAACGACUUUCUGCGGAGAGCGCUUGAUAAGAAUGUUGACAAUAGGUGGGGCACGCUGCAGCUUCUACAGCAUCCUUUUGUCACCAGUGUAACUGACAGCAAACCUCUCAGGGAGCUCAUAGCUGAAGCUAAAGCUGAAGUCACAGAGGAGAUCGAGGAUAGCAAAGAGGAGGAGGAGGAGGAAGAGCCUGAUACACCUGUGGCGGCUCCUGGGCACAAGCGAGCGCCAUCAGAUGCUAGUGUGGCCAGCUCAGAGGAGGACAAAGUCCCUCCGACUUCUUCCACGCUGGAAUCUGUUACAGAAAAGACGGAGGCCGAGCCUGCUGAGGACCGGAUCAGCGACAAGCUCUCUGAUGAAGGACUUGGAACAAGUGAGGUGGACAAGAAUGAGGAGGAGAAACUCAACGAGGUGUCUGAUGCCAGUAAUGAAGACCUGGCCGCUGGGUUAAUAGAGCCCACCAAGGACUUAUUCUCACAAGAUCCUACAGAGCCUACUAGACCAGAAGAUGGUCAAGCUGAAGAGAUUCCUGCUGAGCCUGCAGUGUCACAGCCAGAAAAACCUGAAUAUACAGUGGAUAGCCAAGAACCUGAGGAGGAACAGAAGCAGACACAAGGAGAGAAAACAGAGGAUGAGCCUACUCAAGUUAUAGAAGAAGAACAAGCGCCUGAGGAGGUGAAAGAAGAGGAAGAAAAAGAUGCUGGUAUAGAAAAAUCCAGAGAAUCCCAAGAUGCACCAGACAAACCAGAAUCCAUAUCGAUGGAAGUGGCUCAGGCAGAAGAAGAAGAAAGCAAAGAGCCAGAUGAGGCCCCUCAGCAUAACUUGACAGAACACAGAAUAGAAGACUCUGCUAAUGGCACAGAUGUAAAUAUACACACGCAGAAUAUAGAAUCAAAUGUAGUAGACACAAACAUAAAUGGAGACACAGACACAAAGUUGAGCGUGGAUGAGUCCUCCGCUGUUGUUCUGUUGGAGAAAGAGGAUAUAGAGAGUCAGCCAGAGGACACGCCUGAGGGUGAGGCAGAGCAGCAAGAGAAUCGGACCAAGAGGGAGGUUGAUGUGGAGGAACAGACUCCAACUGAAUCCACAAAUGCAGUCAGUGAUGAAUCCAAAGUCACCUCUGUGGACUCAGAACAAGUUGUCCCAUGUAAAGAUGUCCCUGUGAAGGAAGAUGAGGAGAAAACUCCUCGUGCCGAUGAGAGCACUUACCAAGACGCUAACUCUGUACCAGAGAGUGAAACGGAUUCAGAAAGCAAGAUCGAGCAUGGAAGCCCUGCUGUGAUCAAGCCAGAUUUGGAGAAGGACUCUGACUCUGGAAGCAGCUCUGCUGCUGAUAGCAACAGCCUCGACCUCAAUCUGUCCAUCUCCAGCUUCCUGUCAAAGACUAAAGAAGGGGGCUCUGUGUCUAUGCAGGAGUCAAAGCGUCAGAAGAAGACUCUAAAGAAGACGCGUAAGUUCAUGGUGGAUGGUGUUGAGGUCAGUGUGACGACGUCAAAGAUCGUGACAGAUAGCGACACCAAGAGCGAAGAGAUGAGGUUCCUGAGGCGGCAGGAGUUGAGAGAGCUACGCCUCCUGCAGAAAGAGGAGCAGAGGGCCCAGCAGCAGCUCAGCAACAAGCUGCAGCAGCAGAGAGAGCAGAUCUGCCGCCGCUUUGAACAGGAAACGGCUGCUAAGAAGCGUCAAUAUGACCAAGAAGUGGAGAACCUUGAGAAGAAGCAGAAGCAGACCAUCGAGCGACUGGAACAGGAUCACACCAGCCGGAUCCGAGACGAAGCCAAACGCAUCAAAGCGGAUCAAGACAAGGAGCUCUCCAAGUUCCAAAACAUGCUGAAGAACCGGAAGAAAGAGGUCAAACUUGAAGUUGGACAGUCACCCAAACAUAUGAGAAGAGAGCUCAUGAAACGCAUAAAGGAGGACCUAUCGUUCCUUAAGACCGCAGAGGCAGUGGCCCAGGUUAUGAUACAGUCUUUUCAGUUGUCCUCAUGCGCACUCUUCAACGCUCAGAUGCAGGAUGAGCAAGAGUUCCUACAGAAGCAGCAGCAAGAGCUGGACGGAGCUCUAAAGAAAAUCAUCCAGCAGCAUAAACUGGAAAUCACCACUAUUGAGAAGGACUGCUUGAAUCACAAGCAGCAGCUGAUGAGAGCUCGAGAGGCGGCCAUGUGGGAGUUAGAGGAGCGCCACCUGCAGGAGAAGCACCAGCAGCUGAAGCAGCAGCUGAAAGACCAGUACUUCCUGCAGAGACACCAGCUGCUGAAGAGACAUGAUAAAGAGAUGGAGCAGAUGCAGCGCUACAACCAGCGGUUGAUCGAGGAGAUGAAGAACAAACAGACUCAAGAGAGGGUUCGUCUGCCCAAGAUUCAGCGCAGCGAGGCCAAAACCCGCAUGGCAAUGUUCAAGAAGAGCCUCCGCAUCACCGCCACUGCAGCUGUCACGCCCGAGCAGGAGAGAGAACGGAUAAAACAGUUUGCUUCUCAGGAAGACAAGAGGCAGAAGAACGAGAGGCUCCAUCAACACCAGAAACACGAGAACCAGAUGAGGGAUCUGCAGCUGCAGUGCGACUCAAACAUCAGGGAGCUGCAGCAGCUACAGAAUGAGAAAUGCCACCUUCUGAUUGAACAUGAGACCCAAAAGCUGAAGGAGCUGGAUGAGGAGCACAGCCAAGAGAUAAAGGAGUGGAGAGAGAAGCUCAGACCCAGGAAGAAGGCGCUAGAGGAGGAGUUCACGCGGAAGCUCCAGGAGCAGGAGGUCUUCUUCAAGAUGAGCGGCGAAUCCGAAUGCCUUAACCCCUCCACCCAGAGUCGCGUAUCCAAAUUCUACCCGAUCCCAAACCUGCAUAACUCUGGUUUAUAGCGUCCGUCUGACUGUCUGUGCUACACAACAGACUCCUAUCACUCGGCUGCGCUCACAGACUCUUCCUGGUGGAGCGACAUGAUUUCUCCGAUCAUUACUGAUAGAAAUGUCUUCACCGCUUUGAUUCCACCAUUAGUGAGCAUGACGUGCCUACACACCGUUCCCCCACUUAAUCAAACGUUUUUCUCAGCUAUUUGAGAAAUGUCCAAUCAUAAUAAUAUGCACUUUUUUGAGCAUGUUCAAAUUUUAAAAGCCUGCAGUUGGUAGCGAAGGCCAAUCAUGUUGAUCAGAUUAUUAUAAGCUUCAGUAUGAAUGAUCUCUAGUGCCUCUCAUGUUCUUGUUUAUCUGCAUCUAGGGCCCUCCUUACAGUAAAUACGCUUCCCCCUGAAUGUCUUGCACUUAAAUAUCUGGUUAUCAUUUUUACCCACAAUCACAAGAUGUUGGGAGAUUAAACUGACUGUGAUCUUGUGUUGCUGCGUGCAAGGUAGAGCUGGUUCAAGGGAGAUGGACUGAGGAGUUCUAGGUUGUUAUGACUGUGUAGUCAAAAACAGCAACGCGUUGGGAUCAUAAAGGCUGUGAGUUCAAAUUAAAAGGAAUGUACUGUGUUUAUAAAUGAUGAAAUGUUACGUGUGUACCUACAAAUGGUGUUUAAUCAGAUACUGUGCUUGGCAUGAGGGUCUUAUGAUUUUACCACCCACGUAGUUAAACACAGAGGUGACCUGUUACUUCCUGGAGAGUGAUGGAAUACAUACUAUAUGAAAACAAAUCGCCUUGAAAUGAAAACUAAAGGAAUGUAAAGCUGUUUAUUUGCACUGUUUUGCCACAUGACCUAAAGAAUCAAUAUGCAGUAGUAAAACAGUCGAUGUAUUAUGACAGUGAGUCACCUUUUGUCUCAACCAUUCAAACUCCAAAUUUGCAGAAUUGUCUUCUUGUUACUUUUACUUAUAAUUUUACUCUUUUUCAAAUAUGCCCUUUUUAGUAUUUUAUGAUCGCAUAUAGUUUUCUAAACAUGUAUUCCUGAAAUAUCGAUGCUGUAUUUGCUCUUUUCUGACCAGUGUUGUGUGAAAGGUAAACGCUGUAACUGAGUGUCAAUGUGUGAGACGACAUUCUUCGCUGUAUUUUGGGAGCAAAAGUGUUGAUGGUUAACAAAAAGAGAUUUCAAGACACCUGAUUAGUAUAUUUUGUCGCUGCAUAUCAUCACUGCAUGUUAUAAUUUCUGUAUUCUGACAUUUUCAUUGACUGGUGUUUUGUCAUGAAUGCUGGGUUUUUAUUGGGGUUAUUUGGAGAUUGUCUGGUGAAUUAAACCAAAUGCCCCGUAGAUUUCAAAUAUAUUUUUUAUUUGCUUAAGUUACAGCAUUUCGAUAAGUUGUCAUUCUACCGCAUUGAAUAUUCUUUUGAUGUCAGAUCAAAUGUAUUUAAAGUGUCUUUACGAAUUUACUUUUCUUCAGUUGUAAAUAAAAUAUUGACUGUUUUGGCAUUUUAAA